AUGCAGAACACUUCUCUCAGCGACGAGUAUGAACAUUACGGUGACGAGCUGCCAGACCUGCCCGUGGACUGCCCUGACGGCGGGUGUGUGUCCAUGGACCUGCUGCGCACCACCCCGCUCCUGCUCUACGCCGUGGUCUUCCUGCUGGGUGUGCCUGGCAACACCAUGAUAGCCUGGGUGAGCAGGAGGGAGGCCCGUCAGAGAGUCAGUGCCACCUGGUUUCUCCACCUGGCCGUGGCAGACCUGCUCUGCUGUUGGUCUCUCCCUGUCCUGGCAGUGCCUAUUGCCCGUAGGGGCCACUGGCCGUAUGGGGCUGUGGGCUGUCGGGUCCUGUCUCCCAUCAUCCUGCUGUCCAUGUACGCCAGCGUGCUGCUCCUGGCUGCUCUCAGCACUGACCUGUGCCUGCUGGCCCUCAAGCCCAACUGGUGGGCUUCCACGGGGCGAGCAUGCAGAGUGCAGGCCGCCUGUGGGGCAGCCUGGACACUGGCCUUGCUGCUCACUGUGCCCUCUGUCAUCUACCGCCAUCUGCACCAAGAAUACUUCCCGCCCAGGCUGGAGUGUGUGGUGGACUACGGCGGCUCAGUGGCAGCUGAGUACACAGUGACCACCAUAAGGUUUCUUUUCGGAUUUCUGGGGCCGUUGGUGAUUGUGACCAGCUGCCAAGGCACUCUCCUGUGCCGUGCAACCCAACGCUGCUGGCCCUUGGGCACAGCCGUUGUGGUGUUUUUUUUUGUCUGCUGGGCCCCCUACCACCUACUGGGGCUGGUGCUCACUGUGGCCACCCCCAACUCUGCUCUCCUGGCUAAGGCCCUGCGGGCUGAACCCCUGGUUAUAGGCCUUGCCCUGGCUCAUAGCUGCCUCAAUCCUGGACUCUUCUUGUAUUUCGGGAGGGCUCAACUAUACCAGUCACUGCCAGCUGCAUGUCGUUGGGCCCUGAAGGAAUCCCAGAGUAUGAGUGAAGGCGUGGUCAGCAAGAAAUCCACCAGUCACGAGGAGGUCGAGGUGUAGGCUAGAGGAAAACCCGUUUGUGUCUUUCAAUCACAUUUCAAAAAGUAGCUUCAGGUAUAGGUAUAGCUAGAUCCAGGGGCUCCUUGAUAUCAUCUAUUCCAUAAUUCCUUCAACUAUCAUUCAUUACUCACAUGCUAUGGGCAAGGUACUGGGGCUGUAGUAGUGGCCAAAGCAGACACAAAUACCUGCCUCCAAGGAGGCAGAUAAUAAGCAGAAAAAGGAGGCAGAUAAUAAGCAGAAAAAUAAAGGAUUCUUUUAAGGGGUGAGAAACUUAAGGGAGCAAAGAGGGCUAACUGAAGUAGGGAUCUAGUUCUACCAGGGAAGGUUCCUUGGUGAUAUCUGAGCCAAAACCUGAAGAAUGGAGAGAGGAGUUAUAGUUAACCAUGGGAAUGGGGGAGAAGCUUUCCAACUGGCAGGAAUAGCAAAUUCAAAGGCCCUUGAGGCAGAAUGUAUUUGGCACUAUAGGGGGAGGAGCAGCUGCAGUGUAUGCAAAAGGUGAUGGUGCCUCAGAUCAGAGCGAGAGUGUGACACAGAUUAUGGGCCUAUUUUGAAGGAAAGGCCAAGUCCAAGCCCCUAAGCAUUUGAGGAUUUUCUCUACAACUGGACACACUUUAUAUUCUAGCUACUCAGACCCAGUACCACACAGAAUAAUGGCUUCUAGUGAUAUCUGUAUCCUAAUCCUGUCCUGAGACUAUGUGAAUUUACCUGGCAAAAGGAUCUUUGCAAUGUUAUUAAAGAUGUUAAGAAGGAAUGAUGAUCUUGGAUUAUGAAGUGGAAACAAUUUCCUCAUGGGGUUUGUAAGAGGGAGACAGGAGGGGCAGAGAGAUGUGACAACGGAAGCAGAUGUCAGAGUGACGUGAGGAAGGGGCCACCCAGCCAAGGAAUGCAGGCAGCUUCCAGAAGCUGAAAAAAGUGAA